AUGGGUUUUGGGUAUGCUUGUUGUUGUAUACUUGUGUUAUGCUAUUUUGUAUCAUCAAUCAAAAUGCCUUCCGCGAGUCCUUCUUGUGCCUUCGUUCCAUUUAGAAGCUGCUUCUAUACAAAUCGGUUUCGGCUGCGCCUCACUGCUGUAAGACAUGUGUCGCCAAGACGACCCGGGACUAAUGAAGCUCUCGCGUUCUUGAUUAACAUAUUCAUACAUUCUGCUGGUGUAAAGCAUAGACAUGGACCUGUCAUGAUACGCCUUGUCAUAGAUCCGCCGUGUCUGCAGAGCGCUGAAUGGCUUCUGUGCUUUCGCGUGAAUCAUAGUGGACACGUCUUCGCCCAAGUAUCCUGGUUCUGUGCAUAUGCUUCAGUCGCAUCGCAGCGCUGGAAAUGCCGAGGCAAAGAUCCUACUUAUGGCCUUUGGCGGCUGCUCCAAGGCUACCGUUACUGCAGCACAAGACAUGCUUGUAUCGUCAUUUCUGGUUCACUUUUGGGAGCCUGCAGGAAUACUACUCUGACUUGUUGCAAAUGCGUUGUUGGCGAUAUGGAAACGUCUUUUCCCUGGCUCAUCCGCCUUCAUAUGUCGCCAAUAUGCUUCAGCUCAUCUCGGCCGUCCAUUGCCGUCCUUGACCCAAAUGAUAUCAAGUCGAUUGGCUACAGCUCUCCGGCUUUUUCUAUUGCCCUGAUCGCGUUUGGCAAUGGGAAUGGACUCAACAGCUGCAUCCAAAAGUUUAACCCUCAUAUUGUAUGGUAUCCCCAAGCGCGGCUCAGACGUGGCGAUAUUUCAGCAAGGCGCGAAGUCCUUUGUCUACAAGUCGGAAAGGCCAAGGAAAGCAUUAGCAACCGAACACGAACACGAACACGAACACGAGGCAAGGCUUGGCAAGUGACAACACCUUCAGCCAUCAACACCUCCUCAUCCUUGAGCACAAUACCUGAACGCAAGUCUCUCCGAAAGGAGGUCAAAGCACGACCAGAGUCGAGGCUCAAGAAGCGCAGAAGCCAGGACGAUAUGCUCGUAUUGCAAAGAACCAUCUCGAGACAAGGUCCAAAUUACCAGUACCUCACAAAGAAUGCGAAGAGCUCAGUCCGGCUUGGCUCCAUGGAGUCGAUGCUCGAACAUCACAAAAGGUCGCGUGAAUGUCAGCGAACAAUACUCCACAUAUGGGCCAUCUCGAACUACAAUCGCAAGCACAAGUGGCCAACUACCUGUAGCCGAAGCUUGGAGAUUUUAGAGAGUGUGGGCGUGUGGAAUGCCACCAGAGCACUACUUUGGCCAGAGUUCAGAAACCUUGCAAAAGAACGCGAAGAGCUCAGUCUAGCCCGCUUCCUCAGAGUCGAAGCUCAAACCUCCAAAAAUCAACCAGGUGGAGGUUAG